CCAGUUUCCCCCGCUAUGAAGUCUGCACCUGUGCCAACUAGUUUAAACAAGGCCAGUCCCGAUGCUCGUGCAACUCCUUUUAACCCACCCUGAGUCACGUCUCCCACUUCACCACCUUCUCGUUCCGCACUCUCCAUGGCUCUUGUCCAGUCCCCUCGGUCCUCCCUCUUCUCACUCCGCGAUCCCUCAGUCCGCGAUUCGUUCAUGUCGUCUGGAAGAGGAGGUUCUGGGAACAUCCGUCGCCCGUCAGUGGGGCGCAGCUCACAACCAUCCACGGAUGCCUCCGACGCCAUCUCCUUACGCGAAAAAGAAGGCUCUUCGAGCAGGUUUGUUUCUGUCGGUCGGGGCGGGUCCGGAAACAUCCAACCACCUUCACCGGACCUAGCGGAUCACCCUUUAACCGCCGCCAUACUCAGCGAGCAUAGGGAGACGGAAAAUCGUUAUGAACAACAGAUUCGCAAACAUCACGCAGAGUCGAAGGUGGUGGCAUCUUCCGGGAGGGGAGGCAUGGGCAACAUCAAUAACAGCCGUCGCUCAAAGUCAAGACCCCCUUGUUCCACUUCGGGUCGGAAAGGACGCCGCCAAUCCUCCGAGCACACGGGUAUUGACGCACUCCAUUUAAUCAAUAGUGAAAGUCUUACGAACGUCACGCUGGACGUCAGGGCCGAGGGGAGUUCGAGGUGUCGUGCUGAGUUCGGAGAUAGUGCUCCGUGUUCCCCUACGUCACAAAACUUCCAACAAAGAUCUAGGAAAAAGCGGAGCUUUCUCAAAAUUUGGAAAAGACCUUCUCAUCUGCGACAAUUUGUUCCCCCUCUUGAACGCAUCGACACCACCAACGAUGAUGACCAGAAAGAUUCAGACUCGUCACUGGACUAUCACAGUCUCCCUCUAGCCAGUACGAGUCGUCACUCCGGAGAUGGAGCCUCAACAAUUUCAUCGUAUUCUUCCUCCACGUCAAGGAGCAUUAUCUCAAGUCAUAUGAGUGUGCAAUCCUUGCCGACACUUCCCGAAAAUCGCGAGUAUGUUUCUUUUUUGGAUUUAUGAUAUAUACCUCCUGCAGGAUCGUUUUCUGCUCUUUUAGUGUAUUACUUACUGUAUUGCCGUCUGACUAUAUUGUUGACUGUUCUAAAUUGUUUAGGCAGGGUUCGGGUUCGUGGUCUGUUCUUGUUUGAAAGCCGUCUUUCUCAGAUCGGCGCUGUG